ACCCCACACUUCCCACUAAAGAGGAACAGUGUCGGACCGGCGCGGAUUCUUCCGGUCAGGAACGAACAGUCAAAAUGCCCAAAUUACCUGAAACUGAUGAUCGCAUGCGUGCGAUAGCCGAGCGGGUCUUUGCUUCAGAGACUAAAGAUGAAGACGUCCGUGAGGAGAUCUCUAUGUUUGAUGUGGCAGACGACUGUCCCAUCCUCAACCAGGAGCGGGCUGAUCACGUGGCCAAUGAUGAUGACGUGGAGAAGCGUAUGAAGAUUCUGAGACGCACCCAGCCUCUAGAUGAUAAACCAACCUACUUAGAAGUGCCUCACUUCCAGAGGGUGACCAUCACUGGAGACUAUGCUGCUGGGGUGACCAUGGAUGACUUUGAGCUGUCUUGUAAGGGUCUGUAUCGUGCACUGUCCAUCAGAGAGAAGUACAUGAAACUUGCCUUCCAGAGAUUCCCCAUCACCCCGUCUCAGUUCUUAUGCCAGAUUGAUGGAGAACAGUGGAAACCUGAAGAUCAAGUUCUUCCAGUGUUUACUCCUCCUCCUAAGUCUGGUGAGGAUCCAUUUAGCACUAAAGAUCUCCCUCCAAACAACGGCUACGUUGCUCGCAUGAAGGAUGGAGUUAUCUUCGUCUACAAAGACGCAGCGUCUGCUGAUAAACACCUGCCUAUCAACCAUCCUGGUCCUGACCUGGCCACCUUCCUCGAUGACAUGAACUUUUUAAUCGCCUUGAUAGCUCAAGGCCCAACCAAGACAUACACGCAUCGUCGUCUGAAGUUCCUCAUGUCAAAGUUCAACGUGCAUGAGAUGUUGAACGAGAUGGAGGAAAUGAAGGAACUGAAGAACAAUCCCCACCGAGACUUUUACAACUGCAGAAAGGUUGAUACUCACAUCCAUGCUGCCGCCUGCAUGAACCAGAAGCAUCUUCUGCGUUUCAUCAAGAGGUCCUACCGCGUGGACGCAGAUCGGUUGGUGCAUGUUUUGAAGGGCAAGGAAGUCACCAUGAAGGAACUUUUCGCCUUUCUCAACCUGCAUCCUUAUGACCUGACUGUAGAUUCCCUCGAUGUGCAUGCUUGCCGAGAAACCUUCCAGCGUUUUGAUAAAUUCAAUGCCAAGUACAAUCCUGUGGGAGCCAGCGAGUUGCGUGAUCUUUAUAUGAAGACCGAGAAUCAUAUAUCUGGAGAGUACUUUGCAACCAUUAUUAAGGAAGUGGCAAGUGACCUAGAAGAUGCCAGAUACCAGUACGCAGAACCCAGACUGUCCAUCUAUGGCUGUAACCCAAAUGAGUGGGAUAAACUUUCGGGCUGGUUUAACAAGCACAAAGUCUUUUCUCCUCAACUCAAGUGGAUGAUUCAAGUACCCAGAAUCUAUGACAUUUUCAGAGGCAAGAACUUUGUGCCACAUUUUGGAAAGAUGUUGGAAAACAUCUCUCCAGUUUUCCAGGCCACCAUCGACCCGCAGUCCAACCCAGAGCUCAGCAUCUUCUUGAAGCAUGUUACAGGCUUUGACAGCGUGGAUGAUGAGUCCAAACAUAGUGGUCAUAUGUUCUCCACAAAGAGCCCAAAGCCUGAAGAGUGGGACAUUGUGAAGAGCCCUUCAUACUCUUACUGGAUUUACUACAUGUACGCAAACAUCGCUCGGCUCAACCAGCUGCGCAAGGAGAGAGGUAUGAACACAUUUCAGUUCAGACCUCACUGUGGAGAGGCUGGGGCUGUGACUCACCUGCUGGCCUGUUUCAUGACUGCUGACAACAUCUCUCAUGGACUCAACCUCAAGAAGAGUCCAGUCCUACAAUACCUAUAUUUUCUGGCCCAGAUUCCCAUCGCCAUGUCCCCGCUCAGUAACAACAGCCUCUUCCUGGAAUACAACAAGAAUCCACUGCUGGAGUUCCACCAGAAAGGUCUGAUGGUCUCCCUGUCCACCGAUGACCCCAUGCAGUUCCACUACACUAAGGAGCCUCUAAUGGAGGAGUAUGCCAUUGCGGCUCAGGUUUUCAAGCUCAGCACCUGCGACAUGUGCGAGAUCGCCAGGAACAGCGUUCUUCAGAGCGGCUUGUCUGCUGAGGAGAAGACACACUUCCUUGGCAUUAACUACCUGAAGGACGGUCCAGAGGGCAACGACAUCCGCAAAACCAACGUGGCUCAGAUUCGUAUGGCCUACCGCUACGAGACCCACUGUUAUGAGCUGAACCUUAUUAAACAGGGUCUGAUGGCCGAGUAAACACACAAACACACAUGCAAGCGGACUGUUCGGUAGUUCUUAAAAUGUCAUUAAUGUUUUUAAAUGAGAACUUACAUUCAUAUACUUACUCGGAGUCCUCUUGGGCACGUGACUGAUUCGAUCCGAUUUGUCUCGUGUGUGACCCUCAGCACUGUCUUACUACAGUACAAGUUCACAUCUCUAGUGCCUUAAUGCAUUGCAAGUCUUUGUUUUGUUUUCUUUAAACAAAAGCAUGUUGCAAGAAAGAAAGACUUGACUCAAUACAUGAGAAUAAAAGUUUAAAAAAGC